GGUUGUGGCAGGGCAGAGCUGUAACUCAUCAGCAGAGCCACGGCUUCUGGAGCUGCUUGGGGGUGUCCUGGAGACACCAAAGGUUUCUGUGACAUGUGGCCAGUCCUUGUUAGCGCACCUCCAGUACAGGAGACAUGGCUAGAAGGGAGUUGUGCAGCUAUAGCAGUGGAAUUCAUGUAGUGAGAUCUGUUAUCAUCCCUGUGGAUACACUGGAAUAAUUCUUUGGCAGCUCAUGUGCUGGGUCUUGUUGCUUUAACAUCUUGGAAUGCAUCAAGGUCUGCUCCUCUUGAUAGGCUCAGAGAAGGUGUGAGAUGCCCGGGGCUCCUCCUGCUCAGGGACCCCCCCAGGCAGUCACAGUCCUACUGAGAAAAGCUUCCACAGCUCAAGGCCAAGUUAGUGGAAGUCCCCAGCUUUGGGGACUUUUCCCCAAAGCUUUCCUUGCUUUUCCCCACAAGCUUUCCUUGUGUCAGGAGUGCCAGUAGCCUUGCCUUGAUCCCAUGCUUUUGGGGUGUGGGUUUGGAAGCAUUGGUGGCAGCUUUCAGCUGCGUUUUGGAGAGUUUCUGUGCUCUGUGGGGUGAAGAUAACAUACUUAAAAUGGCAUUCUCCCUUUGGAGAACGGGCUUUGCUGCUGUUGGCUGUACAUAAUUUCUGGGAGCUGAGGAGUUUUGCUGUGUAAUGUUCCAACUCCAUGUAGAUUAAAUGUAUUGCAGAGUCAAAAUAAACAAUAGCAUGUGGUUUUCCUUUGUUCCCCCCCCUUCCCCACAAUAAGAGUUCACAAAAGUUCUUGAAUUAGGGCUCUGUGUGCCAUACGCUCAAGCGUAGGCUCAAAUUUUCAUAAAGCUUGCUGAGGGCUGUUACUGCUGGGGAGCACUUUCUCCUUUGGGAUAGCUUUGGAAGUCUCUUUGUUUCUCAGGAGCUUUUUCCAAAGGUGGGUUUCAGUGUAGCACUCGGGUACUUGUUGCCUUAAAUGCUUUGCAGUGACAGUGUAUUGCAGCUUGAUGGAGAUUUGAGACUCCUCUAAUAAAAUGCAAGAGAAGGAGGAAAACCCCGAGGGUUUUUUGGAACAGAAGAUGUUUUCUGUUCCUGCCACUAAUCUCUGUUGCAGAAUGAAAUAGGAAUGUAUACUUUAAAUCUCUGUCAGGGUGUAGAAGGAAGCUGGCAACGGAUGUAAUCAAAAAUGUUAUUAUCAAAACUCUCUAAGUAUGUUGAAAUUUCAAACUUAAUGAUAUAAUUUUAAAUUCAGCUAUUCAGACUGAGGCAUGGUUUUGGGGUGCAGAUUGCACUUCCAAAUUGUGCAUAGAGAUGGACCAGAGAGGAGUUUGGAGCAGACUGUAGGUGGUGGGUACUGCAGUGGUAUGGCUGGAGUCUUCAGCCCUGUGAUUUCCAGUGACGGGUGGCAGCAUUAAAUUGAGGUGUGGUUUUCUAGAUUAAGGACUUUGUGGCUGAGCACUUAAAAAAGGGUCCAGUUUCCAAGUUAGCAUUUUUCCUAAUUAGUGCGUUUGCCGUGGCUUGUACGUAACCAGCACAUGUAGAAAGUGUACGUGUUCAGAGUUUGUCUGAAACAGCUCUGGGCACAGCGAGCACAAGGAAGCACACCAGACCUGAUGUGCAGCAGCAGAGACUCCACUCAGUGCAAGAGGAGACAGAAAGUUUCCAGCCUUAGACUUGGAAUAAGGGAACUGCGAGUAACCUUCACCCUUGUGACCCUUCAGCCUUGAGUGGGGAGGCUGCAGGUUGAGGAUGCAGAAGGAGCUCAAGUCCUUCUCUGAGCCAAAGGUGUGAAGCUGUUUAUUUUCACUGGGACAAUGUAUAUAUUGCAGGAGGCAGAUGCUUGCCUGCUUAACCCGAGCACUCUGUGCUUAUCUGGGCUCUGGCGAGUGUACAAGUGUUGUCCCUUCUAAUCCCCCAACAUUAAACAGUCCAGGCACCUUUCCCUGGCUGAGCCUGGGACUGCUUUAAAAAACACACAGAGAGAAGCCAACAAAAAAGAAACAUUUGCUUUCUUUGCCAAGUUUAAAUGAAGACUAAUGCCGUGGUGCUGCUUAAUCUUGUUUUUCUUGCUAUCUGAUGGAUGCUAACGUGGGAUGGAAUCAAUCCCGGCAGCCGGUUAUCUUUGCAGGGCCCCCAGUUGCUGAGCUCGGCAUUAAAGUCUCGUGGGGGAGUUGAUUUGCUAUGAAGAGUCUGGAACUUUCUUCCUAUGUGGUGAAGCUGUGGCUGUGGCAUCCAUCUUCCUUUGGGAAGGUGUCUCCAGGAAUUGCCAGUCUGCUGUUGGACGUCCAAACAGAAAUCCUGCUCGGCAGAGCAGGAUAUGUCUGAGCGAGUGAGAGCAGGGCACAGUCAGGUGAACCUGGCGGAAAGUUCUCCCUGGUCCCUGUGAUGAAACUUAACUCCUUUCCUAUCAGUUGCUCGUGUUUGAACUGGUUCUGCUGGGAACAGCUGCCAUGGCCCCGAUUUGCAGGAGGUUUGGGCUGUGACUCACGACCUGCCACCGUGAGGGUGCUGCCCCGAGUGCCCCCAGCCCUGGGCAGGGGUCCCUGCUGCUGGCAGGGCUGAGCUGGCAGCCUGGGCUUGGCUGCACGGAGUGGAGCAGGAGGGCUGGAGGAGCCAAGCCCUCAGGCCAGAGCUUGGUGAUGACUGCUGCCUCCCUCCCUUGGAUCAAGGCUCUGCUGGCAUGAGGAAGGAGGCGGGAAGCUGCACCGGUGCUGGGUUGUGCAACACCACUGAGCCAAGCCAACCCAAAGCCUCCCUCUCUUUCCCCCAUGUUCCACUGCCCUUCUCCUUGCCUGGGAGCCAGGUUGGUUUGUUGUAGCAAACCUGGCCUGACCAACGCAAUUUUUUCAUUUCUUUUUCUGCCGAGCUGCUGCUUUUAUCUGGGCCUGAGGCAGAGGGGCUCCUUUUGCUAAGCAAUAUUGUCAGUUGUGUCAGGAUUCCUUCCCUCGAGGUGAAGAAGUGCAGAAGUGUGCAUUUGCCAGAGAGCUCGGACUUCAAUUUUGAAACCAGCUGUUUCCGUGCCUCAUCUUAGUCUGGAGCUUUGGGCUUUCAAUUUGGAUAAUCUGGCGCUAUGCAUCCAGCCCCUGGGCGCUUCCAGGCACUGCUCCUCAUUGCUACCACCAGCCUGGUCACUGUCACCAGCACAGAUAUAACUCCCCGUUUUAUUUCUGAGCCCUCAUCUACGGUCCAGAAGUCCGGUGAGCCCGUCCAGCUGCGCUGCUCUGCCGAGCCCUCCACAGCUCGCAUUUCCUGGCUGUUCAAUGGGGAGCCUCUGAGCAGCAGGGUGGGAGAGGUGGAAAUCCAGCUAGGAUCUGUGACAGUGGUGUCCCUGAGCCCGGCGACGUGCGGGCGCUACCAGUGCGUGGCGAGCAGCGGCGUGGGCGCCGUGCUGAGCCGGCCGGCCGCGGUGUCCAUGGGCAGUUUGGCUGACUUUGAUGCCUUGGGGACGGCUGCUGUUGCAGCAGAGGAGGGAGGCACAGCUCUCAUCGGGUGCAAGGUGCCAGAAAGUCACCCCAAAGCACAGGUUCGCUUCCAGGUGCGGGGGAAAUGGCUGGAACAAUCAACAGACAACUACCUAAUUCUUCCAUCUGGAAACCUGCAAAUUUUGAAUGUAUCUUUAGAAGACAAAGGAUCCUACAGGUGUGCAGCAUACAACCCAGUUACUCAUGACCUCAGAGUAGAACUCACUGCACGGAAGCUCACAGUCACACGCCCUUCUUCAGGUGGCUCCCAGAUCCUUCACCCGCUGGCUCCCCAGAGGCUGGCAGUGCCCCGGCACAGCGCCCUGACCCUGGAGUGUGUGGUCAGUGGGUCAGCUGCAGCCCCCGUCCGCUGGGUGAAAGACGGCUGGGAUGCGCUGAGGAGAGGCCGGUGGAGGCUGCUGCACUCCCACCUGGCCACCGACCGCCUGGAGCCAUCGGAUGCUGGGAAUUACUCCUGCCUGGUGGGAAGUGACUCUGGAGCAGUGAAAUACGUUAACUAUUCGCUUACUGUACUUGAGCCUGCCUCACUCUCCAGGGGACUGCAGGACGAGACGGUGGCCGCGGGAGCGAGCGUCCAUUUCUGGUGCGAGGUCGGCGGCAGCCCUGCUCCCGCCCUCACCUGGCUCCACAACGCGGCUCCUCUCCAGCCCUCCCCACGGCAUUUCCCCACGGGAAACCACCUGUGGAUCUGCGGGGUCACCCUGCAGGACUCUGGCUUGUACCAGUGCGUGGGAAACAAUGGAAUUGGCUUUGUGCAGUCCACGGGGAGACUCCGUGUCCAGCCAGGCAAAGACUCUGUGCCCAUCAUCACCUCUCCCCCAGCCAACACCACUGUGGUGGCAGGUGGGGACGUGACCCUGUCCUGCAACGCCACCGGCCUGCCCGCUCCUCUGAUCCGCUGGUACGACAGCAGAGGCCUCCUGCUCGGCCACCCCACGCCGGGGCUUGCCCCCCGAGCACAGAGCCCUGCCCCAGCAGGGUCGGAGCCCCGGUGCCCCUCGGUGCCCCGGGCGGGCUGGGGCUCCCUGCGCCUGCGGAACGUCACCGCCCAGCGUGCCGGCCAGAUCCGCUGCGAGGCCAGCAACCAGCACGGCUCUGCCCUGGCCGCAGCCUUCCUCACCGUCGUUCCUUCAGCAGCUGGCACGAGAGCAGCAGAAACAGCUCCUCUGGAGCUUGCCCAGCGCGACGAGAGCGGCGGCGAUUUUGGUGCAGAAAUGGCAUUUUCAAGCUCGCCUCCAACCAAACCUCCUCCGGACGCGGCUGCGGUGGAAAAAGCGUCGAGCGCGGCCGCCCCGCCCGAGGCCCCCAUCAUCCUGAGCCCCCCGCAGACGCCCAGGCCGGACACCUACAGCCUGGUGUGGCGGCCGGGCCGCGCCGGGGGCCUGCCCAUCAACGCCUACUUUGUCAAAUACCGCAAGCUGGAGGACGGCGUGAGCGCGGCGGGCGGCUGGCACACGGUGCGGGUGCCCGGCAGCGAGAACGAGCUGCGCCUCACCGAGCUGGAGCCCUCCAGCCUCUACGAGGUGCUGAUGGUGGCCAGGAGCGCCGCGGGCGAGGGCCAGCCGGCCAUGCUGACGUUCCGCACCAGCAAGGAAAGAACAUCAUCCUCGAAAAACACGCAGGCUCCAUCUCCACCCGUAGGAAUCCCCAAACAUCCCAUUGUUCAUGAAGGCACAAAUAACUUUGGUGUCAUCCUUCCGGACCUGUCUCGCCACAGUGGAGUUCCAGAAGCUCCUGACCGACCCACGAUAUCCACGGCCUCGGAAUCGUCCGUCUACGUCACGUGGAUCCCCCGUGCCAACGGGGGCUCCCCCAUCACUGCCUUCAAGGUGGAGUACAAACGCCUGGGUCGCAACAGCGACUGGCUCGUCGCGGCUGGCAACAUCUCUCCCUCCAAGCUGUCUGUGGAAGUUAGGAACUUGGAGCCAGGAGAAAUGUACAGGUUCCGAGUGAUCGCAGUGAACAACUACGGGGAGAGCCCGCGGAGCGCGGCGUCGCGCCCCUACCAGGUGGCCGGGUUCAGCGGCCGCUUCUCCAGCCGGCCCAUCGCCGGCCCGCACAUCGCCUACACCGAGGCCGUCAGCGACACCCAGAUCAUGCUGAAGUGGACGUACAUCACAUCGAGCAACAACAACACGCCCAUCCAAGGAUUUUAUAUCUACUACCGGCCCACGGACAGCGACAACGACAGCGACUACAAGCGCGACGUGGUGGACGGUACAAAGCAGUGGCACCUGAUAAAUCACCUGCAGCCUGAAACUUCUUAUGACAUUAAGAUGCAGUGCUACAACGAGGGGGGGGAGAGUGAGUACAGCAACGUGAUGAUCUGCGAGACCAAAGUGAAACGCACGCCGGGAGCGUCUGAAUACCCAGUGAGAGACCUGAGCACGCCCCCCAGCCCCCCGGAGAGGGCGGGGGGCAGCGGGGCCGUGGCUGCCAGCGGCCCCGUGCGCAGCAGUGACAUGCUCUACCUGAUCGUGGGCUGCGUCCUGGGCGUCAUGGUCCUCAUCCUCAUCGUCUUCAUCGCCAUGUGCCUCUGGAAGAACCGGCAGCAGAGCGCCAUGCAGAAAUACGACCCUCCAGGCUACCUCUACCAAGGGGCAGACAUCAACGGGCAGAUGAUUGAGUACACGACCUUGCCCGGGACCAGCCGAGUCAAUGGGAACAUCCAUGGGAACUUCCUCAGCAAUGGCCUCAGCAACGGCUGUCCCCACCUCCACCACAAAGUUGGCAACGGUGUCAAUGGGAUCAUGAGUGGAGGAGGAGCAGGACUGUACCCAGGGCACUCCAACUCCCUGCCCAGAACACACGUGGACUAUGAGCAUCCCCAUCACCUCGUGAACGGUGGUGGGAUGUACACGGCAGUGCCACAGGCUGACCCCUCGGAGUGCAUCAACUGCCGGAAUUGUCGGAACAAUAACAGGUGUUUCACCAAAACCAACGGCACUUUCGGCAGCAGCGCGCUGCCCGUCGUGCCCCUGGGGGCCCCUUUCCAGCAGGACGGAGUGGAGAUGAAGCCCCUGAGCCCCCGUGUGAUGGUGGCCAUGUGCCUGGCCUCGGCCAGCCCCGAGUGCAGCGCCCGGCUGGAGGAGCAGCGCGGGGAGGGCGCCGAGCAGCCCCCGGCGCAGCGUCCCUGCUGCAGGGAGGCCGUGAGCCAGCUCUCUGUGGACUGCAUAGACGGCGGCAGCUUCCUGCACUCGGAAACAUCGAACCACAUUUUGAGUUGGAGCCCCCUCAUUCUUCAGCCUGUUUCCAAGGACUGUAAGGAAAAACCAGGAUGGAGUUCAUCCGGAGUCACCCUAAAUGGUUCUGGGGACCUUUGUCAGCUCCAGCUGCAGGAAACCUGAGGCAGUGCCCGUUGUCCCCACUCAACGCCAGGGACUGCACCGCAGCACCGCUGAAAGGGAGUCACGGGGGGAUGUUAAUUAUAACAGAGAGAGUCACUAUUUAUUUUUUGUAGUAGUGUCAUAUGAAUGUAUCUUGGUUUCAAAAUGGUUGCCUUUUUAUAUUAUUUAUGCCUUGAAA